AUGUCGCUGACUAACGCGGUCGCGAAUGCCGCGGCCGCCGCCACUGCGGGGGCAGGCAAGAAAGCGGCACAGGUUCAGCUGCAGGCUGAGCUCAACAACGACGAGGAUUGGAAAAAGUUCCUGCAGAGAGACGGGCUACUGGUAGUGGACGUGUAUUCGGAAUGGUGCGGCCCGUGCAUAGGUAUGGUAGGCAACCUGAAGAAGAUCAAGGUGGAGAUUGGUGGUGACAACUUGCAACUCGCGGUGGCAAAAGCGGAUACAAUAGAGUGCUUGAAGAGAUUCAGAAAUCGCAGCGAACCAACUUGGAUGUUUUUGGCGGCUGGACAGCUGGUGAAUGUCAUUUUUGGCGCUGAUGCUCCUCGUCUCGCGCGUACCAUAGAGCAGGAAUUACGCAACGAAGAGCUGGCGCGGAAGGGCGAGAGGGAGCGACCGAAGAGAGCACCGCAUGAACUCACACCACCAGAACAAGAAAUAGCGGAUUUACAAGCGAAGCUGGUAGCGGAGCGUAAAGCACGCGAAGCGGCGGCGCGGGAGGCUUCGCGUGAGGCGCGCAGGGAGGCGCGGGCGGUCAAGCUUGAAGCGCACUUCAGCGAAAUCUGCGCGGCUCUCAUGAUGCCACAUGCACAAAAACACCUUCGCAAAGUGGCUGACGCAUUGGAACCAUACGGUGUAAUAGUAGCAGACAAAUGUCCAUUAGUGGUGGGUAAGUUGGGCGCUAGGCUGCUGGCGGUGGAGGACGAGGAGAUGAGUGGUGAAGAAACUGCUGCGGUAUUAGCUGAGCGGCCGUCACUAGCCUUGCUUCUCAAGAAGCUUCCAGAGAAGGAAGGUGAUGUCAUAGAGCUAUCCCGUCGUGUCCUAUUUGGGGACGGUGUGGAACAUCAAGAUGGGGAGCCGUCGAAGAAGACCCUAUUAUUAGAGCUGAAAGCCAACAACGUGCCCGGACUGUACGUUCCUAAAAAUCGCCAUCAGAGAGCCGCUGUUUUGGACCUGCUAUUUCCUAAGAUGGUUGGCGCGCUAGUAGAACCCCCUGCCCCAGCGGAGCCGCCGCACUUAGCGCUAAUGUUCGGCGCGUGGCAGCGCCGAGCAGUGUUAGCCGCUGCCACCACUGCCACGGUCACCGCGUCUGCCAACGACGCCACCCACAGCCCUCCCCCUGUACUGUUACGAUACGGGUUCUUCGCCGACGCGAACGUGCAAACGCCCAAGCUGCUCUGUAAGACUAUCAACAAGUACGAGGAGAGAUUGGAGAAGGACUACUGUGAAACCAUAGUCCUAAUGGUGGCUGUUGGCGUGGCUGAGCCAGCACUUAUAGAACCUAAUGUCCCGACACCAGACGGACCUCCGGAACAACUCCUGGCCCUAGGACCUUUGCACAUCAGCGAGGACACCGUCGUCGGCGAACUGGAGUGCGCAAGGUUCUUCCCACCAGGCUAUAGUGAACCUGAAGCCAAGCCUAAGGCUAAAUCCAAAAAAAAGAAGAAGAAGCGUCAAGAGUCAAAAGACGAUGCUCUGGAUGACGUAAACAAAGAGUUAGCGUCAGAGGCAGCGGGAGAGGGAGAAGUGAACGGGGAAGUAGACGGCGGUGGAGAGACUGCGGAAGGGGACGUGGAGGGGGAGGGGGAUGGCGACGUCGAGGCUGACGAUGGGGAAGGGGAUGAAGCAGAAGCAGAGGAUGAGGAUGAAACGCAAGUUGUGGAUAAAGCUACAUCACCGCCACCAGCUGUUGUCUAA